AUACAGAUGAUCGCAGUCGUGCGUGGUAUCUGUAGCGGCGUACGUCGGCCGGUUUCUAAUUCACUGAGGAUUUCCUUGAACCUUGUAAGGUUAUCGAUUUGUUGUUGUAAUUAAGAUCGUGAUGUACCUUUCGCGGAAUUGUUCAAAUGUCUUUUAUAAUUUAAUAAUCCAAACGUACUUUAAGUGGAACUUUUUGCCUCUAUUACAUUUCAACUACCGGCUAGUUCACGAUCGAUUUAUGAUUAUCAGAUUAAACAUAGAUUCAAUUAACUUAUUUAUUUAAUGUAUUCAAUUACUGAUGUAUUUGUAUCUUAAACAAAGAAAUUUAUGUGCAUUCAUAUUUAUUAAGUAAACGUAAGAGAAGGAAAACAAAUUGUAUAUAGAAUUUUUAAUAUAAAUUUAUCCAAGAAUUAAAACCUAUUUACGCGAUUAAUGCAUCCUGCAAGGAACAACAUGUUUCUCGUAUGUGUAACCGUAGGUCUUGUAUUGUUGGCCUCUAAAUACCGCAAUAAUGUACUCCAAAGCGUUAAAAACAUUUGUCAAACUAUAAAGAAUAAAAGUUAUAAAAAAAAUAACGACAAGAAAAAAGAUCUCAAAAUUACGUUAGACAAAAUUAUUUUGGCCGAUACUCCAGAAAAAUGUGAUUACGCCGUUCAGCAUAUUCGCUGCAAUUUAUCUAACAAUAUACUGGGCUUUGACUGUGAAUGGGUUAACGAAGGACCUGUUUCUUUAGUCCAGCUGGCUACAAUUAAUGGAGUAUGCGGUCUGUUUCGAAUUAGUAAAAUUGGAUAUGUUCCUCACAAAUUAAAAGAACUGUUAGCUAGUAAACAUAUUCUGAAAGUUGGAGUUGCUUCUUACGAAGAUGGUCAAAAGAUAGUAGCGGAUUAUGGAUGUAGAGUUUGUGGUACGCUUGAUUUAAGGACAUUGGCAGAACGUGCAAAUUUGCCAAGUCCGAAAAGUUUAGCUGCAUUGAGUUUACAUUACUUAAAUUUGGAAAUGGAUAAAUUAGUAGAAGUAAGGUGUGGCAAUUGGAACGCUGGCACUCUUACUGACGAACAAGUAGCAUAUGCUGCUUGUGAUGCAAUCGCAUCUGUUCUUAUUUAUGACCAGAUUGUGCAAAGGAUAAAAGAAAAGUAUUCUUUAUGGGAGAACUUGGUAAAUUAUAUAAAAAGUAUAUGUAAUCAAAACUUGAAUAUGCAAUUUCAUUGUUUACCUAGCGGUGUAAUCGAUACAAGGUUCAAGGCUCAACAGACCCACACAACUGCAAAUCACAAAAACACUAAAAUCCAUAAUCUUGACAAGUGUUUACGAGAUUUGAAGAAAAAUAAUAAUACUGUAUGUAAAAUCAAUAUACCUAUAAGAAAUAAACCAUUGUAUCAUAAUUGCUAUUUACAAGCACCGGAUGGAGACAUAUUGUGUACAUGUGAUCGUAAAAAAGCCGAAUGGUAUAUUACCAAAGGAUUAGGAGAAAUGAUCGAGAUGGAACCAUUUACCGUGAGAUUAAAAUUUGAACCUUCUGGCCGUGCUCUAGGAGAGGUUGGUCAAUAUUAUACACAAGUUAAAGUCAAUCAAUGCGUAGUGUGUGGAACUUCAGAGAAAUUUAUUAGGAAAAACGUUGUGCCCAGGGAGUAUCGUAAAUACUUUCCGUUGGUGAUGAAAGCACAUCAGUCGCACGAUGUAUUAUUAUUAUGUCCAUCGUGUCACGAAAUAAGCAAUUAUCACGAUUUGCAGCUCAGAAAAAAGUUAGCAGAUACGUGUGAUGCGCCUCUAGCUGGUCCACUAACACAUAUACGCAAUAAAUAUGUAAAUAAUUGGUGGAAAUUACAUUCAGCUGUUAAGGCAUUAAAAGAAAGAACAACAUUACCCGACGUACGUCGUAAAGAAUUAGAACAUUAUAUUUUAGAAUGUACAGGUCAACAACAAAUUACACCGGUUUUCUUAGAUAUGUUGAGUAAAGAAUUAAUAAAAAAUGCUACACUUUCGGUACCUAAUACAGACAAAACUAAAUGCCAACCUCAUGGUUUGAAGGUGGUUCAAUAUUUUCAAAGAAGGGAAGGUGGGUUGGUAGAAUUGGAGCGUAUAUGGAGAGAACACUUCCUAUUGAACAUGAAACCAAAAUUUUUACCAAAUCUGUGGUCUGUUCGUCAUAAUCAGGAAAGGUUAUCCAUUCGUCAAACACAGAAUAGAAUUAAGCCAGAAGAUGCGAAAGUAGCUGGUCUAGCAAAUAAUGAAUUUUAAGUAUUCUAUAUCUGGAAGGACUCGUAUAAGAGCGAGAACUUCAAUUGAAAGACUGUCACAUGAACCUAUAU